AAAGAUAGGGCAAAAGAGGAGAAGGUGGGAGUGUAGCAACAAAGAGAAUGAGGUUAGAAAUGGAGAUCUUACUCCUAAAAGGAGCACAAUCCUCACUUCGGCUACCAUUUUUUUUUGAACUUUUAUCGUGGACAAAAAAACUGUCGUGUGUGCUGUGAGCACCUGCUGCCAUUUUUAGUGCACCUUGUGGUUUUGUACACUUUGUAUUUCACGAGUCAACCAGUUUCAAAGUAAAGAAGAGAGAGAGAGAAAGAGAGCGUCACUCUCGCUGCAAGAGCAAGAAUGCUCAGAACAAUACACAGAACAUGUAGGCGCUGCCUCCCCACCGUCCCCUUCUCCACUCUAUCUCAUCCCCUUUUCAUAGAAAAUACCAAGAAGGAAGACCAACACGAGGACCCUUUCUCUCUCAUGAAAGCAGACCCAAUUGAGUUAUGCUCCCAACUUUGGGUCUCUUCCUUCUCCAAUCCCAACAAAACCCUCUCAAAUCUCACUGGUUUUCUUAGGAAAUUCGAUCUCUGGAUCCUCGCAUAUCAGAGGGCUCAUGCUGAUGAAGUGGGUUCAUUCCCGCCUCGCAAUGCCAUCCAUUUUUCCACCCUUAAAGACCUUCUUUCUCUAAGAAACGCUGUUUUGCACUCACAGUAUUUGUGGGGCAUGAAAAUCCGCCAUGUAUAUAUUCAAUCACCCAGGGAGAGAGAACUGAUGAGACCCAUUUCAAGGAGAAGGCUAAAGCUGUUGUUGGACUCUGAUAAGACCCCAUUUCAAGAUAGUAUUGUUCAAGAAGUUUUGCAUAUGAUCUUGGAACCAUUCUUUGAGCCUAGAUUUUCUCAGAAAUCGUAUGCUUUUAGACCAGGCCGAAAUGCUCAUACCGUUAUAAGAGUCAUUAGGAGUAAUUUUGCAGGAUAUUUGUGGUUUUUGAAAGGGGAUUUGAGCUCUGUUUUCAAUAGAAUUGAGAUAGAUGCUUUGGUGGAUUGUUUGACAAAGGCGGUUAAGGAUCGAAAAGUGAUAAGCCUGAUAAGAUCUGCAUUAAAAACUCCUGUUAAAACUGUGAAUGAAGAGGAUGAUAGUAAAAAGUCAAGUAUAAGGAAGAAGAGAGAGAAGAAGAAGAAGAAGAAGAAGAAAGGUACAAGUAAGAAGAUAUUGGAUGAGAAUGAGCCAAAACCCGACCCUUACUGGUUAAGGACCUUCUUUGGCUUUGCGCCAGAGGAGGCAGCCAAGGUACCCACAUGGGGUCAUUGUGGAAUUCUUGGCCCAUUGAUUGCUAAUAUAUGUCUCAAUGAAUUGGAUUUCUGGAUGGAAAACAAAAUUUCGUGUUAUUUUCAACCUUCAAGGUGUGAUUCUAUUUGGAAGAAUUCGAUAGAGGAUGGUAGCCAUAAUCCUUCAUGGCCAGAGUUUGUUCCCACCAGUGGCCCUGAGAAAACAAAGAAAAUGGACUAUAUUCGAUAUGGGGCGCACAUAUUAAUUGGUAUCAGGGGCCCUAGAGAAGAUGCCUUAGAAAUUAGGAAGCAAAUAAUGGAAUUUUGUGAGAAGGUUUAUGGGGUAAUGAUCGAUAACUCGAGCUUAGAAAUUGAACAUAUAACCAGGGGAAUUCAAUUCUUGGAUCACAUAAUAUGUCAAAGAGUAAUAUACCCCACACUUAGGUAUACAUCCACUGGUGGGAAGGUUGUUAGUGAGAAAGGGGUUGGUACUUUGUUAUCUGUCACUGCAAGCUUACCACAAUGUAUACGUCAGUUUCGCAAACUUGAAUUCGUCAAGGGAGAUAGAGACCCCGAGCCAUUGCCUUGUACUCCUAUGCUCUAUGCGAGCCAAGCCCACACCAAUUCUCAAAUGAAUAAGUUUCUUGAAACCAUGGCAGAUUGGUAUCGUUAUGCUGAUAAUCGCAAGAAAGUGGUGGGUUUUUGUGCUUAUGUCAUUCGAAGCUCUCUAGCCAAGCUUUAUGCUGCAAGGUACAGGCUGAGGUCUCGUGCAAAGGUUUACAAGCUUGCUUCUCGAGAUCUCAGCCGUCCAUUGAAAGAGACAAGUGGAGAGGCUCCAGAAUAUACUGAUCUCUUGAGGAUGGGACUUGUGGAUGCCAUUGAUGGUGUUCAGUUUGUUCACAUGUCAUCGAUACCCACUUGUGAUUACACCCCAUUUCCUACGAAUUGGAUUCCAGAUCAUGAGCGUUUGUUACAUGAAUAUACAAUGUUACAGAGCCCUAAAUACUUUUGUCACUUGCGUAGAUCAAUAAAACAGCAGGGCGUAAGAGUGCCCCAAGAAGACCUAGCUAGACUUGUUUGGGAGUGGAAGGUUAAAGCGACUCUAAGUGGACAAAGCUCGAAAGUUGGUAAACAAUCUCCUGAAAUUUCUGAGGGAAAUAUGAGAAGACAAAAUCAAUAUGCAAGCUCUGCUGUCAAUCCAAUGGUAGUCGCUCAAAUGCAAUACAUGGCUGCUCAGAAUGCAUCAUGGUAGGGUUAUGAAUCCUUAUUCUGGCAAGCCAGAUGGAUCACCCUUGGAUGAAGAAUAAAAGUUUGUCAUCAAAGGCUGAACCCCUGUGGCAGUGGUAUGGCGAUGACUUGAAAGGACAUGGUUCAUUGGGUGAAUGGAUAUGUUGUAUAUAUAGAUACGGAUAGUAAUUGUGGUGGUCUUUACUGCUAGGGUACUUUAUGCUAUGUAAUUUAUGUGCAAUGUUAUAGUUUUAUUUUCAACAAUCGUCGACAUCGGAGGGAGUAUCGAAAAUGGACCUUAAAAUAAUCUAAAAAAGGAUCUGAACAUUGUAAUAUGUUAUCAUGUUACGGUUUGUCUUUUCUCCAGGAAUUUGUUUUUAUUGGACAUAUACUGAUAUAUAAUGAUCAAUUUAUUACA